UGCGUCGUGCAGAUUGUCGUGAGAAUGGUGAUAGUGACAGCAGCGCAACACGAGCUGAUAUAGUCAAAAGUCAAGAGUAACGAGAUAUAAUGUGAUAAUGUACGUAAAUUUACUUCAAAAAACAAAAUAUGCAUCUGCUACAUCUGGUUGAUUAUUAAACUUGUGUACUUCCUCUCUGGCAAUACCAUUGCGUUUGGAAAAGUCCGUUGUUGAUAUUAGGUGCAUCGCAAAAAUGGCGGAUCGUCUAACCCAAUUGCAGGACACCAUAAAUCAACAAGCUGAACACUUCUGCAACAGUGUUGGGAUCUUGCAACAAUAUUCUAUGCCUACUAAAUUUCCGGGAUUUGAUAGAAUUGGAACGCCACAACCUCAUCAGACACAGGAAGAAUAUGCGACUCUAUUUGCUACGCUGAUCGCCCGAUGCGCCAAAGAUAUUGAUACAUUGAUAGAAAGCCUUCCGAGUGAAGAUUCUUCUCAGGAACUUCAAGUAGCUAGUCUGAGCAGACUUGAACAAGAAAAUCAAGAUGCUGCGGAACAGCUAGAAGAAACUGUCAGACAGGGUGAAGCUUUGCUUCAAAGAAUUCAAGCAGCCCUCCAAGACAUUGCGCAGAGUCAGCUGGACAUGCAAAAUCCUGCUGCUCCCACAAUUAUCAAUACAAAUUUAAAUCCUCAUAUUAAUUUUAAACAGGAAAACUUUGGUACUAUCAAUACAAUUCCUUCAAGUAAUUCACAUCAACCACCAGAUCCAUCGCCGAACUCUAUGAGCCAGUGAUAUGGAUUUUGUCCGAUUUACAUUUAAGAAACUUUAGCCAUUAUCAAAUAAACAUUUUUCUAAAUGCCUAA